AGCCCUUUAAAGCAAUGCCGACCUUCCCGGGUUUUCCCUUUUUCCGAAAUCUCAGCUCACGCGGAAGCGGCCCACUGUACGAACCCCUUCCACCCUCCUCGCACGCACCCUUUGGAGCGGCGAGCCUUCCCGCCGCCCCGGGGCGCAGUUCGGAGCGAGACCCGGCUCCAGGAAGCGGGUGGAGCCUCGGCCGCCUGCAGGGCCCGAGGCGCAGGGCGGAGGGGGGAGGGCAGGCCCUCCCAGCGCCCCGUCCCACGCCGGCGCCCCGCCCCUCCUCCCAACCCCACCCGACGCGCGGCGGGCACGCCCAGUCAGCCGGGGCCUCGAGGGCCGGUCUCUGGGAUCCCGGGCGGGGGAGCGGGCGCCCGCGCCUGAUUAUCCGCACUCGCUGGUCUCGGAGCGCGCGCCCGAUUAGGCGCCCAUGGCCGCGCACAGCUGCGGGCCCGCGCCGCGGGCACACGCCUCCGUCCCGCUCGCUCCCGAGUUGCGGGCCGCGCCCAGGAGCGGGGUGGCUCGCGUCACGCGGAGGCCUCAAUAAAGGGCUUUGUGGUGCCAGUCCCGCCCGCCGGGGGCUAGGGGAGCCAAGCGCGGGGCGGAGUCCCACGGGGGCCCUCGGGUUAAGCGGCCAAGGCUCGCACACCCUUGACGGAACAAAACUUGGGAGCGAAAGAGAUGGUCCUUGUGAGGAAUAAAGAUCGUGUCUGUCAUUUCUCUGCCAACAUGAGUCCUGUGUUUCCUUGGAAACCACUCUCAUCCCACCUCUAGUACUCAUACUUUGUGUGCACCUGACCCCACCCCAGAUUCUAGGAAUGAUCACAUGGCAUUGGCAUAAGCUGAUCAACAUAAACACCGCCAGCUUGACUACAGCAACCCACUCAAGGAUGAAAGAGGGAAUCACGUUAACCCAAACAGCAUAUAUCCCAGAACUUUUGGGAGAGUUUGCAGCAAAAAGUCCUCUUUCCAUCUUGGAACUAUGGAAAUAAAAGCCUGAAACUCCUGGGAACAGCAGACAGGACACACCUAACUCGUGAAGAACAGAGCCAGGACAUGAAAUGGGACCCCUUCCUGAAAUACAUUUGGAGCAUCUGAAUUCAGCCAUGUUAGAAGUGAGAUCUAUUCAUGGAUUUUAAAUAUACAAGAGCUAAUAAUUCCCCUUCCCCUUUUUGUCUUUUUUGUUAAGUCCUGUUUGAAUUGAGCUAUCUAUUUUGUGAAAGAAAGAAUAUUCCCAGAUACAGACAUACACCCAAGAUCAACUAUAAUAGGAAGGAGGAUGUCCAAGUGCAAAAACAUGGUAUUGAUAGGU